AACGGUCCCGUGUCACGCGGACGCCACUUGUCAAGAUGCACUUCGCCGUCGGAGGCUUGAGCAACGAGGCGACGCGCGAGCUCACGGCCGUCGCCAAGCGGUCCUCGAGCGCGCUCCUCAGCGUCGCGCUGCGCUCGCAGGACUCGCCCAUCGUGUGGGCCCGCGCCGGCGCGGCCGAGAACGUCCAGCUCUUCACCGGCGAGGCCAAGGUGCCUAGCCGCCUCGCGCCACUCCAGUACAUGUGCGCCCACACGCAGGUGCACGCGACGCUUGCGGCGCUCAUGCCACUCAUGCUGUACCUUCCGCUGCACGGCGACUUUCGCCGGUACGUCCACGACACGGUGGUCAUCAACAGCCACACGCUCUUCGACAUUGAAAAGCCCGAGCUCGCGCAACCGUACCGCGCGACGAGCAUCAACUGGAUGUCGAUCCGCAGCGCAUCCUCGCUCAUGCAGAACCGCGACUUUGUCUACGUCCAGCACCAAGACGAGCUCGAAGGGCCCACGAAAGGGUGGGUCUCGUGCAUGCACUCGGUCAACCUCCCAUCGUGCCCGCCUCUGUCGGACCGCCACAGCCUCGUCCGCGGCGGCGUCUACUCGUCCGGGUUUGUGUUUCGCGAGUCCAAGCGACCGGGGGUCCUCGACGCCGUCUUUGUGCUGCAAGUGGACUUCAAGGGCAAGGCGCCGCGUCUGCUGUGCACGAGCACGCUCAAGCAGUGGGUCUCGAGCCUCGGCCGCAUCGCUGCGUACUUUGCACGGCCCAAGCACCUCGUGCGCCCGAGCUUUGCCGUCGAUGACGACGACGACGCGCCCCGGCGCAAAUCGGACGUCUGCCGCGUCUGCGACCAAGCGUUUAGCGGCUUUCGCAUCGAGAAGGAGACGUGCCGCAAGUGCCAAGUGCAAAUCUGCAGCAAGUGCGCCGUCUGGAGCGAGGUCGAGCUCGACGUCGUCGGCAUUCUCAAGGUGCUCGUGUGCACGCCGUGCGCCGUGAAGGAGCAGCAUCGCCUCCAGUCGCUCCUCGAAAGUGCAGUGCCUCAAGCCAAACCCACCCGGGCCAGCAUGCCGGCACCGCCCGUCCGCGCCAGCGUCUCGGCGCUCCCGACGACCUCGAGCAGCAAGAUGCGGUCGCUGAGCCUCUACGACGAUGGCCUUGGAUCGGCUGACGCCAAGGGCAUGAUCCCACUGCGCUACUCGCCCGCGCGGCAGUCGUACCAAGAGGUGCCCUCCGAGCCGCGCCGGUCCCGCGCGUCGCUGCCCAACGCCGGCGUGCGCUCGUCGAUCAUCGAGCUCAACGGCGCCUACACCAAGCCAGCGGCGCCGCCGAUGGCGCCACGUUUCGUGCUCGGUCGGCACGCGAGCGAGUCGAGCGUCUCGCUCUCCGAGCUCAAGCGCGCGCACUUCGAGCGCACGUCCAUGUCACUGCCCAUUGCCGAGCCCGACGACUCGACGCGCUGCGUGUACGACGACCCGGACUCGGCGUGGCGGCCGCUCGACACCAUUUCGUCCACGGGCGCGCGCGCCGCCUCCGAGAGCGACGAGUCCGACACGCCAAGCAUGGUCCAGCUCUACACCCUCCGCGGGUCCCGGCUUGACACGACCGAGGCCGUGGUGUCUGGCUGCCUCUUGUAGUCAAGCGCCUCCUAUUUACUAGUUUGCAGCUAUCCUUCAUGGAAUAAUUCGCAACCCUAAACCCUCAACGUUCCACAAC